CUGUUGUUAGUUGUGAGGAAGCUUGUAUACUAUCAUACUUACUUGGAUUAAUUCUAAUUGACUAUUAUAUUAGUAUUAUCUGAUAAUCAACUAUCAAUAUUCAAUUAAAAUGUCCGAUUCCGAUCACAUUCAGCAAUAUCCGUACAAUUUAAGUACUAUCGAAAAUGAGAAUUAUUGUGAUAUGCAGAUAAACAGCUACAACAACAACAACAUCAGUAGGAUGGCGUCGAGGGGAGGAGGAGGGGCGUCUUCGUCGGGAGGCGGGCGGGGUACGAAACGGCGGGGUGGAGGUGGAAGCCAGCAGCAAGACAUGGACUAUGACAACGGAUCUACAGAUGACUAUCGACAAAAGCGAGACAGGAAUAAUGCGGCGGUGAAGAGGAGUCGAGUGAAAUCGCGUCAGCGUACUCAAGAGACGAUGGACCGCGUGAAUCGGCUGAAAACUGAGAACGAUCAGCUGGAGGAGAAGAUCAAACUGCUCAGCAAGGAGUUGGGAUUCCUCAAGGAUCUAUUUUUGGCUCAUGCAGGAUCGUCACACAACGUUGACCUGAAAGAUAUCGACUUGGAGGCACUGCUCAACGACGAGUCGAUACCGUCUUUUGUCGACAGCCAAAACAGCAACGUCAGCAAACCGCAGUCCAGCGGUAGCAGCUCGAGACGAGAGUGACGUCACACCAAGCCCAAACGAUGACGUCAUAGAUACCGAAUUUCAGAUCGGAAUGAAGAGUUCGUCGUACACUUCGAUCAGAAAUGACUAGUGCAACAGCAUUUCGCUGCUGAACGUCGUGGAGACCGUGUAACAGCUACUCUUACCGCGAAAAUGUUUUCAGGAAUUUUUACAGUCCGUUUUCGUCCUGUUGGUUCUGUUUAUAAAGCAGACGACGUGUUCCUAAAAUUCUUUACCCACAACAAGAUCGUAUUCCUAGUGGAAACAGGCGCGUGUCGAUUUAAAUUGAAAUGUCUGCAAAAUAAACGCUGAGUCAUUGUUUAUAAAAUAAGCUUCAAACACAAACCCUCGAUGUUCACUUGACCACGACAUACCGUCUACUGAAAUUGCAUGAAUAGGUAGAUGUACAAAAUUCCCGCCUUUUCAAUGACAGUGGUGCCAACAUAACAAGUACUACAAAAUCGUCAGAUUGUUAUGCCGGUCUCUGUAUUUAUAACAAUUUAUGACAUUAUGAAGUGACUGUCACUAAAGAAAUAUAUGUGCGGGUUGCACAAAAGCCAGUUAAGGCUGUGCAAAGGCUGAAAAUAAACUUUCUACUGGUGAUAUU